CGGGUCGUAACCAAAGCAACAAUGGCGGCUCCCUCUGUUAGUGUGCAGGGUGUUAUAGAGCCAUUAAACAGCUGUUUAACUAAACUAGGCUUUGAGGUUUACCCUCUAAAGGUUGGCUGGUAUAACUCUGUGCUGUCUCCUUCCUUCCACCUCCCUUACCAUGAUGAGACCCUGGCUGUGGUGGUGCUCAGCACUCCUGCCAUGUUUGAUCAGGCCUUCCUGCCCUUCUUGGAGCAGAGGGGCGUUCAAAGGCCCAGUGACCCCAUAGAUCAAUGUGUGCAGCACUGUGUCUCCACUGCUGUUCAACGAGUAAGAGAAGAAACUUCUCCAGAGCUGAAGGUGGAUGUGAGGUACGACUACGAGCUGCUGCCCAGCAGGAAGCCAAAGUUCUUAGCCCAGACUGCUGCACACGUAUCUGGAGCUGCGUUCUACUACCAACAGUCUGUCGUCACAGACCAGCCCUGGGCUGGAAAACAGAAGAUGUUUGGAGUGUGCAUCCAUCCGAGGUUGGGGGGCUGGUUCGCUAUAAGAGCCCUGCUGGUGUUUGAAGGAGUGACGGUUGGCUCUGAGCUGGUGCAGCCCGCUCCUCCAGACUGCGUUCCUUCCAGAGAGGACAGGAUCAAGCUGCUGGAGGCGUUCAACUUCCACUGGCAGGACUGGAGCUACAGAGACAUCAUCCCCUCUGAGCAGAUCUACUCAGAGAGACAGAAGGAGUACUUCUCCACCCCCCCUGCCCAGCGUCUCACCCUGCUCACCACUUGGGGCUUCUUCCCAAAAGACGAAGCUCAACCUAAUCUCAGCCCGCACACACAGAGCCAGGCGAACGGACAUGGCUGACACCCUGGACUCAUUCUGGUCCCUUAACCUCGACUGCUUGAUCACAUCCGACAUGUUUUCAGUCAGUUUUAGGCCGGUGUUUGUUUUUAGCUGCUGAUACUCCGUUAAAAGUCAUUUUAAGCCAAAGCGAAGAUAUUUUUCUAAUCAUGUGUAACAGUAUGCUCAGGUAUUAGGAGACAUUGUCAACUUAGGGCCCCCUGCUGGCCAGGGGCCCCACACAGAAAAUAUAAAUACAGCUGACAAUUGCAUCUGAUUUAUGCAGGCAAAAAAUAAGAGCCGAUAGAUAAACGGCCAUCAAACCAUGCACUAUGUAAACUGUUGUGAAUAAAAGUCUUUAUUCUGCAGUUUCCUCUGACACAACAAUAAACUCGACUUCUUCACUACUUGAGCCUCUUUAUUAAAGCCUAAAUACCAGAUAGAAGCCAGUAGGAUUGACUAAAGGCUGCGCUUCCCACUGUCUGCCACUGGUUCCUCAAAUUUUCAGGGUUGAAAUCAUAUUUUUGUGGGAGUCCUGUUUUUUCCAACUGAAAACUCUUAAGGAAAUAUUUCUGUAACAGCUAAAGAAAUGUGAAAACACUUGUUCAAUCAAGUGAGGUAUAUUAGAGGCCCCAAACCAAACCCUGCUCAGAUCUUCAUGGAACCUUUAUUUGUGUCUGAGUGGCCCCAUGACUCCUCGGCAGAACAUUGAUAAUCAACUAUCAGUCAAAUGUUUAGAGUAGAUCUUGAAUCUCAAACAGCCUCAGGAUCUACAGUAACUAGUCCUCCAAUGAUGAGCCGAACAUAACCUCCUCAGGGCGUUCCAGUGUGAGACGAGUUUGACAGCUGAGGAUUGACUCAAACUGGGUCAGAAACGGAGCAAUGAUCCCACACAGGACAGGAAAUCAACUCGCUGUAACG